CAGAAGACCCGCACAGCUCCGGGGUGCGUACGAACACAACAGCAUUUCCGACAGAAACGUCUGCAGCGUCUGCGUCCUCGGUUCCGCUGGUCACAUGUCUUCUCCUCGUCUGGGCGUGGUCAGAGACUCCAUGUGGACCAACCCGCGGAUCAUCGGGGCUCCUCUGGGUCAGUGCCGGUCCAGAGGUCCGUCGGGUCUGGGUCCAGAGUUCACCUUUGGAAUCAGCAGCUCUGUGAGGGACGGGGGCGUGGCUGAAGUCCUGUCUAGCUGGAGGGUCCAGACCCGCCCCUCCCACUCCGCCCCCCACCUGCCGCCCGUCACCGACUUCGUGUCUCUGAACCGAGAUGCGGUGAAGUCCGGCCUGGUGACCGCCAAAGAGCUGAGUCAGUACAGAGCGCAGAGGGGCGGGGCCACCAAGUACCACGCCCACACCAGGCCACGCGGCUCUCAGCAGGAGGGCGGGGCUUCACGGCGCCCGGCGGUGCCCGACAUCACGUUUGGGAUCCAGGGCAGGCCAGCGUCUCCUCUGGACGACCUCCUCUCUCAUCAGUACGGGCGCCGCUGGAUCGACGAGCAGCUGAGCAGGAACCGAACGGCCGACCGCGGCCCGCCGCGCAGGAUCAAAGCAACUUCGAUUCCAGAAACAAGAACGAGUGUGUUAAGGAAGAGCACGACAACAACACACACAGACACACAACGGAGGACACAUACAUACACACAGGUGGCUCCUGCUCUCGAUACCUUCCGUGACUCCUCCCUCCGUCUCCGCUCCUUCAGGGGUCAUCACUUGGACUCUGUGUCCAGGAGAGGAGCUCAUGGUCUGGGGGCGUACACCCUGGACUGACCCGGACCACCUCCAGGUCCACAUUCAGACUGCUGUUGAUGGUCCUGGUCUGGUCUGGAUCCACAGAUGGGUGGUGUCCUGCAGGGUUCUGUACUGGUCCCACUGGGCUCCUCCACUGCUGUGUCCUGGACCCACAGAAACCACCUGAGACCACA